AUGCCUUUGCAGGCUCACCGCAAGCAGACAAGUAGUAGCACCAAAAAACUUGGUGAUGAAGAUGAUCCCGAAUUGAAUAACGAUGACGAAGAAUUUAUUCCAAGCCAUGAUGAAGAAAGCGAGGAUGAAGAAGAAAUGAAUGAUGGCUCGGAUGACGUUGAUCAACAAAACAAAACAACGAGUGGACAAGUCAUUGAAGUUUUGCAAAUGUAUUCUCCUAUUGCAUGCAGAGAAUGCAGAAAGGGGCAUCGUAAAUGUGAUAAAGCCCUUCCGAUUUGUUCUAAUUGCAAGAGAAAGGGAAAAGAAUGUGUCUAUCCGCAAGCUAAAAGAAAUCGAAAAGCGAAAGCUCCAACCCGGGUAUUGAUGCCUGUUUCCGAUGAUAAAAAGACUCAACAACAUGACCAGACCAUGGUUGAGAAUAAGGAAGAAGAAACGGAACAUCAUCAUGAAGAAAAGAAACAACAAAAAGAAAAAAAGAAAUCACCACCCACGCAUCAUCACACUAGAGGAACGUUACAUCUUCAUGAAUCAACAAGCAAAGAUGCCAAACUUCACAAAGGAACCAAACAUACGCACGAAGAUGUUGAAAGUGAGGAAGAAGAGGAAGAAUCAGCAGAACCUUUUGUUCCUUCUGAAUUGUCACGUCCUAGAGAUGAGCGUCAACCUGCCCACAAGAGAAUUGAGAUGACAACAACUGUACAACCAGAAGAGUCACCUUUGGAAAAACUUAAAACAUAUACACUCAAAGAAGUGUUGAUCAUGCAUCAAGAGAAACUAGCAAAAAAAGAAGCAAUUUCAGACGAGAGAAAAUUAAGCUUGGUCAGAGAUUUUUGCUUGUAUGACUCUUUAGUAUCUUUUUACAUUUUAAACAAUGAAGAAGUGGACAAUAAGAAGAGUGACACCAUGCUGAAAAAGUUUUUACUUUGCACUCUGUACAAAACGUUCAACAUUGGUGGUCAAAAACAUACUCAUCACCAUCACCAUCACGAACCAAUGCACCUCUUUAGCCACCGCCCUGAGCCAGUGCAAAAGGGUGUCCACAAGACUCAUCAUAUGCAAGAACAUCUCCACAAACCGUACCCUCACUUGCAGGUGUCUACUUCCUUGUAUGGCUAUGGCUAUUCAAAAGAAGCAGAGUUAGAUACACCAACCUCAAUUUCAAUUUCAACACCCUCUCCACAACUGGCUCACCUGAUUGGCUAUGACUCUGACCAUUUGCAACAAAUUGUUCAACAAAUUGAGAAUGACUCUCAUAUUCCACAUCAUACCAUUAAUGAAAUAGAUUUGGCCUUAAUGUUUUGCAUUCAAGGUGCUGCCUUUGAGCGCAUUGGAAGCAGAGACAUUUCUGACGAGCUGUUUUUGCAAGCUAAGAGAAUUCUGAAGAAGUUUUACAAAUAUCUUAAAGAUAGCUCUCGUGUACCAAUGACAUAUCCUGUAUUUCAUUUAAUGGUGGCAUUUGCAUAUCUGGCACAACAUUUGUCCUUCCACAAGCCAGCACUUUCUCGAAGUUACAUUGAUGUGGUAUGCAAGUAUUUAGUGGCAAACAUUCUUUCAAAGGAAGGCCAAGAACAGAGUUUAAGAAUUGAACUACCACAGCAUGGAUGGAAGACAUAUAGAUCUAGUGCAUCCUGGAAUUCAGAAGAACACGUUUUACACAAACUAAUUGCAAACGUUCAUACUUUGCUUUUUAAUCACACUCCUAACAAUCCUUCAUUGUCGGAUAUGUGUGAACUUCUAGCUCAUCUGAACGAAGCUCAUUUAUCAAACGUAUAUUCACAAUUUUCCUUAAUUUUCAAAUUCCAAAAGCUCACAGAUAGCAUUGACAUAACAGAGUUUUUGAUCAAAACUUUAAAGCAGAAAAUGUCACACAAAGCUAAAUUUGAUGGAUUACCUAAAUCUCCCAAGAGCGAUGAAUUUUUGUAUGAGUAUUCGUAUUUGCAUAUCCACGAAGAAGAUGAAAAGAGAAUUAGAGGAAUUGGAAAUGAGACAUCUUUUUGGAUUGACAAUUACUUGUCGAUACCAUGCACCUUGUUGAAAAACAAGUUAGAUUCUAAAAUAUCGAGCGCCCUAAACGCGGAACCUAAAAUUUCAUCAGAAGAAUGCUAUGAACGUUUGCGAUUGGCAAAAGAAUUCUUUUUAUUUGGCAAUUCCCUGAUCAAGUCUUUUGUCUCUGCCAUUGGCUUGAACACUGCUCUAUUAACUUCAUUAAGCAUUGUGGAAUGCAUGGCAAUUUUGAUUUCCAAAAUAUUUGACUCUAAUUCAGGAGCAUGUGAAGACCCUACCUGUAAAAGUGACCAUUCUGAAGAUAAUCGAUUCCCCAAACCAAACUCAUCGAUCACUGUUCACUCUGCUUACUCUAUUAUUGACCUGACUAGAAAUGCGACUUUUCCAUACUGCAGUUUAGUAAUCCUACCUUGUAUCACCAAGGCUUUAGAAGUGCAGUUAGAGGAGCUUGAGUUACUUCAAUCCACUGCUCUUUUGAAUGGUGUGUUUGGAUUAUAUGGCUCACAGGAUGUACUCUCUUCUGGAUUAGAUGAUUUACCAAUAGUUGUUGGCAUCACAGAAAUACCCAAUCAUAAUAUUCCCCGAGUGAAACAAUACCUGAAAUGGGGACUUGAAGCCAUCAACACGUUGGAGAAUAUACACGGUAAUGUUCACAAAUACGAUGACCUGAAGGAACGAGUAAGGAAAAUAUUGUCGACCGAACAAGGUGAUUCUUCACAACAAAUAUCUGUAGUUCCAACCUAUUCGAUUGACCCCACAGCAGGUUUUUCUUCAACAAUUCACAAAGGAAACACCACUAAGAUGGAACCAUUGGAAUCUGAAACUCCACUUCUCAUGGAGCCAUCCACUCCACUCAUGUCGUUGGAUUUGCAACUUGGAUCUAAAGAUUUUAACAGCAGCAACAACAUGAUAGUGACCAACAAUAUUCUUUCUGCAUUGGCUUUAUCAAACGGAAAUGGCAAUCAUCCACAGAAUUCGUCUUCUUCACUCAUGGUGGACGAGGUGAAUCCCCAAGAAAAUAAUGAAUGA